AUGUACUUGGGCAUGCCUAUUUCCAUGGGCAUCCAGCGGCAAUACCCUCGACUCAGUACAUGGUCACCAGUAAUAGGCGUGCUGACCAUGUGUCUUGCGCUGAUCGCUGCCUCGUUUUCGACCAAAGUCCCUCAUCUAGUCUUGACACAGGGCGUGUUGUUCGCCAUCGGCAGCUCUCUAUCAUACUGUCCGUGCAUUGCGUACCUAAACGAGUGGUUUGAUAAACGCAAGGGAAUGGCCUACGGCAUCAUGUGGGCCGGUACGGGACUCUCGGGCUCGAUACUCCCAUUCCUUCUGGAAUACCUACUGGGCAAGUUUGGCUUUCAGACGACACUUCGUUUUUGCGCCGGGGGUCUCCUGGCCCUCACCCUGCCAUUGGUGUAUUUUAUCAAACCCCGGAUCCCGCCUCAACUUCGAAAGAAGCAUAUUAACCCAUUCAACUUCCGAUUUGCCCUCGGCCAAACAUUCGUGCUACAUAUGCUGGCAAACAUUGUUCAGGCGCUGGGGUUUUUCCUUCCGAGCAUAUACCUACCAACGUAUGCUCGAUCAGUCCUUGGCUCUGGGGAGUUUCCAGCUGCCGCCACAGUAUUGCUUCUCAACCUCGCAUCGACUGUCGGAUGUCCAAGUAUGGGAUGGCUAUCUGACAACCUUCACGUCGCCAAUUGCCUGUUCAUCGCGACCGUCGGCGCCUCGUUCGCAACGUUUCUAAUAUGGGGAUUCGCGACUUCCAUACCGCUACUGCUCACAUACUGCGGAUUCUAUGGUUUGUUCGCAGGAUCGUACACAUCUGCCUGGACCGGGCUUAUGCGACAGGUCACCACGGACAACGCCAUUUCUGCCAAGUACCGAUGCGAGGAGGUAGAUCCCGUCAUGGUCAUGGCAGUGCUUGCCGCUGGCAGAGGCAUCGGUAGCGUCUUGUCUGGGCCACUCAGCCAGGCUCUGGUUGACCACAUGCUCUGGAAAGGCGAGGCGUAUGCGGCUUAUGGCAGCGGUUACGGGCCGUUGAUCUUGUUCACUGGAGCUACGGCUGCUGUAGCUGGAAUUGUGCUGCCAUGGAGGUACAUGGGAUGGAUUCGUUGA